AUGGGUUGGUUCAGUGACGAUUCGGACCAGAGACGCGCCUACGAACAGUACAACAAUGGCGGUAUCUCUCAGGAGCACGAUGCCUCUGUCUCCCACGAGCUGAUUGCUGGUGCUGCUUCCUACGAGGCCGCCAAGGCUUACGAGCACCACUGCGAGAGGAAUGGCCAGCCUGAGAGCCACGAGAAGGCUAAAGAGAUUAUGGCUGGCUUUGCCGGCGCUUUCAUCGACCGCGAGGUCGAGACCAAGGGUCUGGACUUCAUCGACCGUGAGGAGGCCAAGCGUGCCUCUCGCCGGCACAUCGAUGACGUCUCGGCUGACCAGCUGGGCUACUAA